AAUGUGAUACGUGAACACGGUGGGAGACGUGCCUACGUCCUGACGUAAUGGUGUUGGCGUACAUGACGUAAUCACGUACAGGCAUAGUGGAAGUGAACACGUGAGGCCGCAGAAGACACGCGCACGGUGAAAGAAGUAUCAAACUUUCUCCGUCAGGCUGUUGUUGGAGCUCACAGUGACGUCAUGGCCGUGAGAGCUUCCUUUGAGAAGAACAAUGAGAUCGGCUGCUUUGCUAAACUCACCAACACGUACUGCCUGGUCGCCAUCGGCGGUGCGGAAAAUUUUUACAGCGUGUUUGAAGGAGAGUUGUCCGAGAGCAUUCCGGUGGUCCACGCCUCCAUCGCCGGUUGUCGUAUCAUCGGACGCAUGUGUGUGGGCAACCGCCACGGGCUGCUGGUUCCCAACAACACGACGGACCAGGAACUGCAGCACAUCCGAAACUGUCUCCCUUCUUCCGUGAGCAUCCAGCGAGUGGAAGAACGUCUGUCAGCGCUCGGCAACGUCAUCGCGUGCAACGACUACGUGGCGCUCGUCCAUCCGGACCUGGACAGGGAGACGGAGGAGGUUCUGAGCGACACCCUGAACGUGGAGGUGUUCCGGCACACGGUGGCCGAUCAGGUCCUGGUGGGCUCGUACUGCGCCUUCAGCAACCAGGGCGGUCUGGUGCACCCCAAGACCUCCAUCGAGGACCAGGACGAGCUGUCCUCGCUCCUGCAGGUCCCCCUGGUGACGGGCACGGUGAACCGGGGCAGCGAGGUGAUCGCGGCGGGCAUGGUGGUGAACGACUGGUGCGCCUUCUGCGGACUGGACACCACCAGCACCGAGAUGUCCGUCAUCGAGAGCGUCUUCAGGCUGGGAGACGCCGCGCAACCCGCCGCCAUCACCACCAGCAUGAGGGACUCGCUCAUCGACAGCAUGGCUUAAGAAGACCACCUGUCGCACAUCGCCGUCAACAUUUUGAAUUUUGGGGAACCUUUGGGCCACGCUUGAGGGCGGAAAAGACGGGAUGCUGACGCCGCCUUAGCUGACCACUCGGGGGUGAGGCCGCAGGAAGUGACACGUUUGUUACCGUUCGCCACGGAGCCUUUUUUUUGGGGGGUUGUUUGAUGGUCGUCUUGUCCGAUGGGCGCGUGAAGAGCCGCCGAGGUCACGAGUCUAACCUGCUGUGAUGUCAUCACGUCCUCCAUUAAAUGUUUUGCAAACUG